AUGAAAACUACAAGUCCAUCGUUAUUUAUUAUAAUAUGGUAUCAAGCAUUAUUUCUUUUUACAGGCUUGAUACAAUCCCUUGGUUCUCAGCAUUUAUAUUACCAAAAAGCAACAACUGGUUCUAGUUUUCUUACAAAUUUGAUGAUGUACGCUGGGAUGGCGGCUGUUGGCUUGCUUAUUUUGCCUGAUUGGCUUGAAAACAGAUCAAAACAUUUAGCUGGAACAGGGAUUGGCUUGGUGGAUUUUAAAAAAUCACAGAGACAAAGUGAUUCAUUAAAUAUAAUAGAAAAUUUAUCAAUGAAGCCUAGAGAAUACAUCAAUUAUAAAUAUAUUAUAGCAGUAACUUUAUUAGAUAUUAUAGCAGGUUUUGUAAUUACGAUUGGAUCUUUUCAUUUAGGAAGUGGAAUAUCUCAAGUAAUUUAUAGCUCUGUGGUUAUUUGGUGUGCGAUUCUUUCAUUCUUUUUAAUUGGGAGAAAACUUACAUUCAUACAAUCAAUCUCGAUAAUUGGAGUAACAUUUGGACUUGCUUUGAGUGCAUUAGGAAUCCAUCAAAGCUUAGAAGUAACAGAAUCUUCAACAGUUGUUGAUGAUAACAAAGGAAUAAUUUUUUUUAGAAUGUUUGGGAUGGUUCUUGUAGUUUCUGGAACAUUUGGUUAUGCAUGUGUUUAUGUUGUUUCAGAUUGGAUAUUGAGUAUGGAUGUACCUGAUGACAUGAUACCACCAUCACCAGAAACCAUUUGUUUUCUUGUAGGAAGUUUUGGAUCAGGAUUUUCAAUAUUAUAUAUAAUAAUUUACACAAUUCCAAACUGGGAUAUUUUAAUAACACAAGAGAUGGCAAAGCUGAGUCAACAUAAUAGCACAUCUACAAUAAUAUUUAUUUAUAUCCUGCUAAUAAUAAUGUCAUUUGCACAUAAUUUGGCAUAUUAUUGGCUGAUAAAACAUACAGGAAAUGUUUCUACUGGAUUAUUGAAUUCACUUAGGGCAGUUCUGGUUUUUGGAUCAAGUCAUUGGUUUUUUUGUCAAUUGGAUUCAGGACAAUGUUUUAAUCUUUGGAAAGGGUUAAGUACAGUUGUGGUUGUUGGAUUCGUUACUUCUUUUACAUUAUCCGCUUGUCGUUCAUUUCACUCAUAUAGUUCAUCAAGUUUCAGAAUAUCAAGUCGUGUCUUUACGCCUCAUUCUUCUAAACCAAAGAAUUUUUUUGAAGCCACAAAAAAUACUCCGGCACCUUAUACAAUCUUGGACUUUUUUGAUAAACCUUUUUCCACCACACAUAGCCCAUUUGUUUUUUCUCAUGGCGCUUCCGGUAUUCCAAAACAUUCAGAGAAGUUAGUUUCAACUAUACCUAAUGCACCAUACUUUAGUAUUGGUUGUGUUGUAGAUUCAUCAUUAUAUUCUAGAAAAUUGAUGCAUUAUUCAUGGACAGAAAUUGAAAAAUAUCAUAAUAAUUUUGAAAAAGAUCAAUUUUACAACUAUGAUAAUUUUCAACCUGUUAAUAUUAUGCAAGCAAGUUAUGAAAAAACUUUACGUGAUUGUACAAUGGAGGGAAUAAUUGGUUCAUCAACCGCUUUGAUAGCUAUUCUAUGUAAAGAUGAGCUUCGAAUUGCAAACCUUGGCGAUUGUGGUAUUGGUGUUAUACGUCAAAACGCAUUUAUAUUUUGUAACGAAGAGCAACAAAAUUCGUUUAAUUAUCCAUAUCAAUUAGGAAGUGGUUCUCCUAAUACUCCAAAAAAAGAUGCUCAAACUUUCAACAUUAAAAUUCAACAUGGUGAUAUUGUAGUAAUGGGUUCAGACGGGCUGUUCGACAAUCUUUUUGAGGAUGAUAUAUUAGAUGAAAUUGUUCGAUUUAGUUCAAAACAAGGUGGUUUAAAAGUUGAACCACAAAUAAUAAGUGAUGCCCUCGCUUGGCGUGCAAAAGAAGCCAGUGAAGACAUCAAUCAUGAAAGUCCAUUUGAAAGCCGUGCUACACAAGAAGGAUUGUAUUAUAGGGGUGGAAAAAAAGAUGAUAUAACUGUUCUCAUAGCGGUCAUAACAGACUCAAAUAAUACCUCAAACAAUCAAUAA